AUGCAGUUCCUGAGGGAGUAUGAUAGAGAAGCUUCAGGAAUGUGUUACAGGGUAACAAUAUCGCAAUGGAAAUUUGUCACCAACAUAACAGACUAUAACCGACGAAGAAUGCUGGAUGAAUUGACUAUCAGCUCCAAAUUCGAGAGGUUAUCGUGGAGGAAAGCGGCCGCUUACGACGCUUCCAGACUACCAGACCCCCAGGGGAGGAGACAGCUGAUGAAAGUAGUGCAAGCGAGCAGAGCAGCUUUGCCUGAUGAUAAAUUUGAGGAGAUCCAUCAACUCAUAACGGAAAUGAAAGAGAUAUACAACACAGCAAAAAUAUGCCCCUACGGUCAGAAACCUUAUGACCCUCACAUUCCAAAGAUGCCGUCCAAUCAAGAUUUCAUGUCAAACCAAUACAAGCUGACGAACCAGCCCUACCAGCACUAUCGGCCGCAACAAGAGAACACCGAGUAUCCUAACUACUGCGAUAUGCAGUUGGAUCCUGAAAUUUCUAGGAUUCUAGCACAUUCUAGAAUUGAGAGUGAGCUUUUGUAUGUCUGGAAGAAUUACAGAGAACAGACUGGACCUAAAUUAAAGAAUCGUUUUAUGCGAUACGUACAGUUGGCGAAUCAAGCUGCAGUUACUACAGGUUUUCGUGACGCUGGUGAUCAAAUGAGAGCAGCCUAUGAAGAUCCGUCGUUCAGGACGAGUGCAGAAGAAGUUUAUAAUCAGGUGGCACCGCUUUACAAACAGCUGUUCACUUAUGUACGAAGACGUUUAGUGCAAAGAUACGGGGAGACGACUGUCCGAUCAGAUGGACCAAUCCCUGCACAUUUACUAGGCAACAUGUGGGCACAAAAUUGGAAAUCUAUAAUGGAUCUGGUCAUGCCCUUUCCUCAAUCUCCCAAUAUUGAUGUGACUGCUGAAAUGUUACGUCAAGGUUUUACACCUUUGAGAAUGUUCCAAAUAGCUGAGGACUUCUACACUUCCUUGGGCUUGAAGCCUGUUCCUCCGGAAUUUUGGAGAGGUUCUAUGCUAGUUAGACCUUCACAGAGGAGCGUGCAGUGUACUGCAAGUGCUUGGGACUUCUGUAACCGAAUAGAUUAUAGAACAAACGACCCUUACGAAGAAAGCAUGAAUUUCCUGAUGAGCAUGGCGCUUGAGAAGGUGGCGUAUCUACCCUUCGCAUUUAUGGUAGACCAGUGGCGGUGGUCUAUCUUCGAAGAUGGUGUGGAGAAUAUGAACAACCGUUGGUGGCAAAUGAAGCUCAGGUAUCAGGGUGUAAUACCACCUGUGCCCAGAAGCGAAUCUGAUUUCGACCCUGGCUCCAAGUACCACGUCAUCUCAGAUCAGGAAUAUGUAAAGUACUUUUUAGCUACCAUCUUGGAGUUUCAAAUAUAUGAGCAUCUGUGUAUAGCAUCUGGUCACACUGGACAUCUUCAUGAAUGCGACUUUUACAGGAGCAGAGACGCUGGCAGACUACUUAGCGAAAUAAUGCAGCCAGGCUCUUCGAAGCCAGCUUCAGAAAUAAUAAGAACUAUGACUAAAGGCAAGACUAAUAAGAUAUCACCAGAUUCCCUUGUCAGGUGCGUAUUAUUACUAUUAAGAACAACUAUGCUAUUCUGUUAAAAUACAGCCUCGAAUUUAAUGUUAAAUAGCGGAGGUCGACGCCGUCAUUUAUAGAAAUAACCAUUACUUAUUAGACUUUAUUAUUUAUUAGCUGUUUUCCCUAAUUCCCACGUAAAUUAUAACCUAUAUUACCAGCGUAUGAUGAAGCUUUCCGCAGCUGAAGGUGAAAAAAAAAUCAUAAGCUCCAACUACAAACACACAAAGUUAUAAACUUUACCCAUUUACAAUAUUAGAUAUAGAUGAAUAUGUUUCGUAUUUACAAAUAAUUACCACUUUUCCAUUACAGAUACUUCCGUCCUUUAG